CAGUCUAUUGACAGCCCAGCUUUCAGGAAGAUCUCACUCUCCUCAUAUAACACAGGGACGGUGACCAUGGAUGGGACGGUACCAUUGAAUGAGACGGCAGUCCCACUGAAGGCACGUGGGAAAUACCGCAGGGCGCUGUUUCAUUGGUCCCUGGUUCUCAUAGUAAUCAUGGUCCAGGUACUAGCAGCAAGUUAUCUCUCGUUUUACCUCCUCAGAACACGACUGCAGGAUACGGCGGAACGCCUGGGCAAGAUGCAUGGGGAUGCGUUGUCACCCGAAAAGUGCGCUACUCACUGGACUGCAGCAGCAUUCCCAGACAGCAAUGAAACUGGAGAAGAUCAAGCGCUGGCCUGGCAGAAUAGGAUUGGGCAAGUUUUCACAGGAAACUGCGCGGAGUAUAACGCGACUGAUAAAUCACUGGAAAUAAAAAGCGACGGUUACUAUUUCAUCUACGUCCAGGUGAUGUUGAAGGCCAACUGGACGAGCGUGAAGUUCAUCUUGAUUAUGGAUGGCAAGAACGAGAUCGAACGGAACUCUCGCACCGCCUCGGAGCUGAACUCAAACACCGUCAUCUUCGGGAGCACCUACAGACUGCGGCAAGGGUCAAAGAUUUUGGUCAAAUCAAACCCUAAGUAUGUUCGAGUUCAGGAGACAGAUACGUUUUUGGGUCUGUUUAAGCUAUGAAAAAGAAAAAAAGGCCCGUGACUUUUUUCAGACUACCGUUUUAGAGCUGGACUUAUCUGUAAAUACAACAGUGAGACACUGACCGAGUCUCCACUGUUAGGGUGAACUAAUCUUUCUAUU